CAUAACUCCCACGGCUGUUUCAAGUACUUCUGGACCGUGCAAGAAGGUUUGAAUGAACAGGCUACCCAAUUCAAGACUGAACUAGGUACCUACUUACCAACCACUUCUUGAGAAGGGAGGGACAGAACCGAGAUCAAACGUUUGCGUCAUCCUUGUAACCAGGUUACCGUCACCCAAAAAAAGAAAAUCAUGGCGCCAAAACCCGAAACGUCGGAUAACGAGUCGAUCGACGCCCAACUCGAAUGGGAGUACGAUGAGGGCAUCCCACAGGUCGAAGACCCUUUUAUCCAGAGAUACAUGUCGGGACGGUCUGCCCUAAUCGAGCAGGAGAAGAAGCAACGCCACGACGUCAUGUUUAAGAAGACCAUGUCACCGCUGGCGAAGCAGGCGUCAAAGAUCAUGAGUGCCAUCCGUCGUCGCGAGCUGCGCGACGUCUGGACAUCCGAGUUCGAGGAGAGCCUAAUGGACAUCAACGGCGGCAACCUGUACCCGGGCAUGAUGUUCACCCUUGCAAGAGACCGCAUCGAGAAGACGGACCUGUGGAAGAUCAUCGAGAAGAUGCCCAAGGGCGCCCUCUUGCACGCCCAUCUCGAGGCCAUGAUCGACAUUGACUGGCUCGUCGACCAGGCGUUGGCAGAGAAGGGGUUUUGUAUCCUGGCCCCCGAGGGCCUGUGCGACACCAAAAAGCGCGAGACGAGCUUCUUGGAGUUCAGGUACUAUGACGACACGGAGUUGCAGAAGAUCAAGAGCGCCGCAGGAGCGGGAGGAGGGGCGGCGAGCAUCUGGACAAGUGGCUACAGGGCACGCACGCCGGUGCCAAUCCGCGAGGCGCAGAGGACGUUUCCCGACGACGACACGACGUUCAAAAAGUGGCUGGCCAGUCGGUGCAUGAUCACGGCCGAGGAGAGUCUAUGUCAUCACCACGGACUGAAUGCCAUCUGGAAAAAGUUUCAAAGCACCUUUCUGGUCAUUGGAGGAAUGCUGUUUUAUGAACCCAUUUUCCGAAAAGCGAUUCAAAGACUGCUAGGCCAACUGGCCGCUGACGGCAUCACGUAUGUCGAGCUGAGGACCGCGUUCAAGUUUGAGUACAGGAAGACUGGACAGACAACGGGCGCCCCGGGACGAUUCGAUACCUUUUUCAGGGAGCUGGAGGAGGAGCUGGACAAGUUCAAGACCAAGCCGGAGGGCAAGGGGUUCAACGGGGCGAGAAUCAUCUGGACCAGUGUGCGGACAAUGGACAAUCGCGCCAUUGCCGAAGCGAUGAAGGAAUGUAUUAGCAUGAAGGCGAAGUACCCGCAUCUGGUGUGCGGCUAUGACUUUGUGGCGCAGGAGGAUAUGGGACGGACUUUGCAAGAUCUUGUCCCGAUGAUCUUCUGGUUCAGAAAGCAGUGUGCCGAAGCUGGCUUGGACUUGCCCUUCUUUUUCCACGCGGGAGAGUGCCUGGGCGAUGGUGACGAGACGGACAACAACCUUUUCGACGCGGUGUUGCUGGGCACGAGAAGAAUCGGGCACGGGUAUUCGUUGUACAAGCACCCGCUGCUGAUCGACAUGGUCAAGGAGAAGAAGAUCUUGGUGGAGAGUUGCCCGAUUUCCAAUGAAAUUCUACGGUUAUCAAGCUCGAUAUUGUCGCACUCGCUACCCGCGCUACUUUCGCGAGGCGUGCCGGUGUCGUUGAACAAUGACGACCCGGCAAUUCUCGGGCACGGGAAGAACGGCUUGAGCCACGAUUUCUGGCAGUCCUACAUGGCAUUUGAGAAUCUAGGUCUCGAGGGACUCGGGACGAUGGCGGAAAACUCACUCAAGUGGUGUGCUAUCGAGGAUCAAAAGACGGCAGAAUGGACAAAGAGCAUCGCGGACGGGUAUAUGGGCAAAGGAACCAAGUCGAAGUUGUUGCGGGAAUGGAGGAGUGAGUUUGAAAAGUGGUGUCAGUAUAUCGUCAUGGAGUUCCCGCUCGAAGCGGAUGAAGAUGAGGAUGAAGAGGACGAGGAGUCUGAAGAGGAUGAUGAGGACGAGGAAGAAGAUGACGAUUAGAUAUGAUGGGAAUAUUGCCACAGGCUCAACCCUUUAUGAGGCCGGCAUAUCAUUGAGUAUUGCUGCUGGCGUGACGCUUUAUGAGAAACCGACAUACACGUUGGAAACCAAAGACUGAGAAUCUUCUGGAGCAAGAAGCGAAUUCGUUAUUCAACAGAUACUGUCUUAUAGAAAGCUCCACGACAUUGACCUGGGAUGGUAGAAGAAUGAAUGAUUACCUACAGUACAGUCGGGGUAUG